AUGGGGAGAAGGGCUCUAAAUGUUAUUUUUCUUUGCACAGACCAUGACAAGAUGUUCAAGAUGAGUGAGAAGAUCUUGCUGCUGUGUGUUGGGGAGGCUGGGGACACUGUCCAGUUUGCAGAGUACAUCCAGAAGAACGUUCAGCUCUACAAGAUGCGCAACGGUUAUGAGUUGUCCCCUACUGCAGCUGCAAACUUCACACGCCGGAACCUGGCUGACUAUCUGCGCAGUCGAACCCCCUACCACGUGAACCUCCUCCUGGCUGGCUAUGAUGAUGAGGAUGGGCCUGCCCUCUACUACAUGGACUACCUGGCGGCGCUGGCGAAAGCGCCCUUCGCGGCACACGGGUACGGGGCCUUCCUCACCCUCAGCAUCCUCGACCGCUACUACAAGCCAGGUAUCACACGUGAGGAAGCUGUGGAGCUCCUAAAAAAAUGUCUAGAGGAGCUUCAGAAACGUUUCAUCCUGAACCUGGCUUCUUUCAAGGCCCGGUUCAUUGACAAAGAUGGCAUCCAUGAAGUGGAGAACAUACCCCUCCCAAAAGCCAUGUCCUAACCCCUGAGAUCUUUCUUCAGCAGUCUUCUUCUUUGUUCAUUUUUGGUUUUUUUCUAUUCAUUUGAAGCACACAAGUAAUGUACUGCCCUGGGAGAUCAAAUAAAGAUUGACAUUUAUG